AUGCGGUUCACUGCCUUUCUGCUGACUGGUGUCCCGGGUUUGGAAGACUUCCAGAUUUGGAUCUCCAUCCCUUUCAGCUUCAUGUACCUCUUGGCUGUGAUAGGCAAUGGCCUGGUCAUGACAGUGGUGGCCUGGGACAGGAGCCUCCAUGAACCCAUGUACCUCUUCCUGGCCAUGCUGGCACUCAAUGAUGUCCUGCUUUGUACCGUUACAGUGCCCCAAAUGCUCCUCAUCUUCUGGCAGGGCCCUUCCUUGGUAAUGUUUCCUGCUUGCCUCGCCCAGAUGUUUUUUGGCCAUGCUUUGUUUCUCUCUGAAUCUGCUGUUCUACUGGCCAUGGCUUUUGAUCACUAUGUGGCUAUCUGCAUACCUCUUCAUUAUAUUACCUUACUUACAGGCUCUCUCAUAGGCAAGGUGGGCCUGGCUCUGGUGGCUCGGAGUGUGACUGUAGUCACCCCUGGUGUCUUCCUCAUUCUGAGACUACACUUCUGCAGGAGCAACAUCGUCCACCACACUUACUCUGAGCACAUGGGCAUCGCAAAGUUGGCCUGCAAUAACAUUGCCCUCAACAGCAUUUACGGCCUCACUGCUGCUCUCCUCACCACAGGACUGGACUUUGUCUUCAUCUCCCUGUCUUACUGGCUGAUCCUGAGAACAGUCUUCCAACUGCCUUCCAGGCAAACACGGAAAAAGGCCUUCGGAACCUGUGGAGCUCACUUAUGUGUCAUCUUGAUAUUCUACACUCUGGCCUUCUUUUCCUUCUUUACCCAUAGAUUUGGGCAUCAUGUACCCCGGCACACACUUAUCCUCUUGGCAAACCUCUACUUACUGAUUCCACCUACCAUGAACCCCAUUGUCUAUGGGAUAAAGACCAAGGAGAUAAGAAUUCAUGUGCUAGGGAUCUGUAGCCAACUGAAAUCAUAUACAAAGAAACAGAGAUGUAUUCCCAUGACUGCAUACUACAAAUAUUCAGAUUGA